AUGAACUCAUUUCAUAUUUUUGAGCUCUAUAUUUUCAUUAGCUGCUUUAUUGUCGCAUUUUCACAGGAUUUCAAAACAAAAGCAAAGGCCAGUUUACCCAAAUGGUGUCUGGAAAGAUCUUGUUAUGAGUACAACGAGACACUGGCUAAUUACGAUACUCAUGCCUUUGCUUGUAUAAAACGAGGAGGAAAUCUUGCGCACAUUCCCACAAAACGAGUCAACGAUUUCUUGGCCGGAAUUGUGAUAUUAGCAAGAUUACAACACACACCAUUCAUUGGAUAUCACUUUAAUGUUUAUCGUGGUUCUUAUGAAUGGAUUAGCGGACAUUCAAUUGGAUAUCAACCGAAAAUCGACACCUCAAAUAUUGCUUACGCGUAUUGGACAAGUGAAGCGGCUGCUGUCAUCAAUUCAAGAGGCCAAUGGGUUUUGUACCGAAAAAACUCAGUGACAAGCUCAGCGUUUUGUGAAAUCCCCCUUAUCAAUCAAAAUAACUUUCAAGAAAGUUUCGAAGCGAACUUUUCAAAAUUGGUCGAUGCAGCUUUGGCGAAACAACGUCAAAACAAACUCGAUGUUCUGGAAAUUUUGUUAUACAACGGUCGACUUUUUGCAAAGAAUAUCAGCAUGGACAAAAUCGGCAAUUUUCAGGAAGAACUUGUGGAUCAACAAGAGAUAAUUCUGUUCUUGCUUCAACAAAUCCACGAUUUUUAUAAGGAAAUUGAUGUCACAAAUAUUGAAGCGAUUUCUCAAUUGAAUCAAACAAAAUUGGCUAGUAAACAUGAACUAGAAGAGAUAAUGAAACGAAUUCACUCAAAUAAAAUAAAGAAUCGAUUGCUUCUCAUUUUAAUGUUUACUUCAUUUGCACUUUUAUUUGCUGCAAGUUUUUAUUAUUGGAGAAAUGAAAAGAAAAGUUCACUUCUCAUCACGAUUUCUACACCAAAUCCAUCACCAAUCGUUCGUUUUGAGCGUUUAGAGCACAAUGCUGACGACGUUCUUUAUAUCGAAAAUCCCGUCUACAAUUAUGUU